GAUUUGGAGUCCAGAUUCCAGAGUUUGGCCUUGAAGGCAUAUUAGCGAGUACUGCGCCACAAUUUACACAAUUUCCGGCAGGAGAAUUUCCAGCAGGAGAAUUUUCGGCAGGAGAAUUUCUAGCAGGAAAAGCUUCAAUAGAAAGAUUAUUUCCAACAAAAGAAGAAUUCGUGUUAUAUUCCGAUCUGCUGGAUUGA